CGGCGGCAGGGCAGGAUGGACCUGGCCGUGGACCCGUACCUGGCCGUCCCGCUGCUCUUCACCGUCCUGGCCCUCGUCCUCGCCUCCGUCUUCCUGAGGCUGCGGGGAGGCGGCGGCGAGCGGGCGGCGGAGCGGCCGCGGGAGCCCGCGGAGGAGCCGGCUCGGGAGGGCGGCCCCGGCGGCGAAGCGGCGGCACCGGCCGCGGGGCCGGAGGACGAGGGGAGCCGGCUGCCGGUGGAGGAGGUCGGGGUGGGCGACGAGGAGAAGGAGGCGGUCGCCGAGCAGCGGGACGCGGCGGCGGAGCCGGGCCCCGCGGCCGAGCCCAGCCCCGCGGCGGCUGAAAGCAUCCCCAGGCAGCCGCCCCAGGAGCCUCGGCAGCCGCCCGUGGAGCCCCGGCAGCCGCCCCAGGAGCCCCGGCAGCCGCCCGUGGAGCCCCGGCAGCCGCCCGAGGAGCCCCGGCAGCCGCCCGAAGAGCCCCGGCAGCCGCCCGAAGAGCCCCGGCAGCCCGGGCACCGGGAGGAUGCGGAGAGCAAGAUACCACCGUUGUGUGCCUCGCCUGGAUCCAGCCUCGGGCACACGGGACAAGCGGAGGACACGAGUGGCCACGCAGCACUUUCCAGCCAUGCAGAGGAGGAAGAGGUGGACUCAGAAAAUGAGAAGCUGGUGGUGAGAGAGCCAGAAAAUGAGAAGCUGGUGGUGAGAGAGCCGGAGGAUGAGGAUGCUGCAGAUGAGAUGUUUUCUUUUAAAUACAGUCCUGGAAAGCUAAGGGGAAACCAGUACAAGUCAAUGAUGUCCAAAGAAGAACUAGAGGAAGAACAAAGGGUUCAGAGAGAGCAGCUGGCUGCCAUCUUCAGACUGAUGAAGGAAAAAAGUGACACGUUUGGAGAGAUGUCUGAAGGGGACAUGAAGGAGCAGCUCAGACUGUAUGAUAUAUAACCUGCAGCCAGGGCAGGCUGUGCCCCAAAGCCAUCUUGGCCCGUGUUCUGCAGGACACUGGAGGCCGUAGUGCUUUAAAAGUAUCUCAGUAGUUAUUUUGCAGUUCCAGUUUGUUUUGUAAACACAUAUAGGCCGGUGAUAAUAUAUUUCAAAAGACUUGUAACUCCUCAGCCUUUUAAUAGUUUCUCUUUGCAGAGCUAUCAUCUCGUACAGCAAUUUUUUACCUUUUUCUGUCUUAGUCAUAUGUCUCAGUCCCACAAAGCAGUUAAACUCACAACUUUUUUUCAGGCCAUGCUUUAUGCAAAUGAACUUUCAAGCCUAGUCUUUCUCAGUUUGACAUCCGAAGAAAGCCAAAGAUGACAGGUGUAAAAUGGAUGAAAAUAAUAGAAUAACUCAAGCUGAAGGGUCCUGUAGUCCAACCUCCUGCUAAAAUCAGUGUCAGUUGUGAGAUUACUCAGGGCUUUAUCCUGUUGGGUCUUGAAAAGCUCCAAAGAUGGAGACUGCACAACCUCUCUUGGCAGGGAGGCUUCCAGCCCUACAGUGAGACAACAAACAGCCAACAGCAAGGCACCAGUGCUCUGAACGUUGCCCCUCAUGUCCCUGGAAGGAACGCUUCAUCCUCCUUCAUGCUGAUUUUUGAAACCAAUCCAAGCUGGUUCCGGCUGACCUCACUGAGAUUAUCCUCAUGCCUGAGGAAGCAGCAGCAAACUCCAACCUGGAAACACAAACAUCUCCUGACACUGGUGAAAGGACCACAGAAAGGCUGCUGAGUUUAUCACAAGGAUGGUUGUGUCCACCUCAGCUCCUGCUCUUCUCGUGCAAAAUUAUGUGGGAAACUAUGUACUUAGGAAAUCUCUGUGAAUUUUAUCAAGUAUUUUGAACAGUCUUGAUCAGCCCUUGGUGGUUUGAAUAGAGUAAAUCAAUGAGCAUUCCUAAUUAUAACCAAAUGUCUUCUGGUGUGCUUAUCUCCUGUGAAAUCCUGUUAAAUACUUUCUUAUCAGGAAGGAUUUUCUUGGUUUUAAUAACUGCUCACAAAGGGAGGCAACAUUUUCUGACCCAGUUUUAGGGAAUGAUCACUUAAAAAAUCAUUUUGCUUUAUUUUGUGUAAUCCUCUUCAGUGCGAGAAACCUAAUAUCUCGUUAUCUGGUUGCUGUCUCCCAGUACAAUGUGUUCUAUAACAUCAGACACUUUAGACUUUUAACAAUCAUUUUAUCUUUUAAUUGUUUUCACUUAGGUCAAGGCAUACUGACAAUGAGAUCAAGCUGAUUUUCCUACCAAUCAUUACUUAAUUUAAAUUUAAUGUCUGAAAAUCACCUCUUCAUAUUCAACAUGAAUGAAUGAAGUUGAAAAAGUA